GACUACGUGAACUACGACGUCAUCGUGCGGCAUUACAACUACACGGGGAAGCUGAACCUGGGCGCGGACGCGGGCGGCGGCCUGCGCGUGACCUCGGCCGUGUUCAUCCUCAUCUGCUGCUUCAUCAUCUUGGAGAACGUCUUCGUCCUGCUGACCAUCUGGAAGACCAAGAAGUUCCACCGGCCCAUGUACUACUUCAUCGGCAACCUGGCGCUCUCGGACCUGCUGGCGGGCGUGGCCUACGCCAUCAACCUGCUCUUCUCGGGCGCCAACACCUACCGGCUGACCCCCGCGCAGUGGUUCCUGCGGGAGGGCAGCAUGUUCGUGGCGCUGUCGGCGUCCGUGUUCAGCCUGCUGGCCAUCGCCAUCGAGCGCUACAUCACCAUGCUGAAGAUGAAGCUGCACCACGAGCGCAGCAGCGCGCGCUCCUUCCUGCUCAUCAGCGCCUGCUGGGUCAUCUCGCUGGUGCUGGGCGGGCUGCCCGUCAUGGGCUGGAACUGCCUGCGCGCGCUGCCCAGCUGCUCCACGGUGCUGCCGCUGUACCACAAGCACUAUGUGCUCUUCUGCACCACGGUCUUCACCGUGCUGCUGCUGUCCAUCGUCAUCCUCUACUGCAGGAUCUACGCCCUGGUCAGGACGCGCAGCCGCCGCCUGACCUUCCGCAAGAACAUGUCCAAGGCCAGCCGCAGCUCCGAGAAGUCGCUGGCGCUGCUCAAGACGGUGAUCAUCGUGCUGAGCGUGUUCAUCGCCUGCUGGGCACCGCUCUUCAUCCUGCUGCUGCUGGACGUGGGCUGCAGGGUGAAGACCUGCGACAUCCUCUUCAAGGCCGAGUACUUCCUGGUGCUGGCGGUGCUCAACUCCGCCACCAACCCGGUCAUCUACACGCUGACCAACAAGGAGAUGCGCCGGGCCUUCCUCCGGAUCCUGUCCUGCUGCCGGUGCCCCAGCGCGGGCGCCGCCGGCAAGUUCAAGCGCCCCAUCGUCGCGGGCGUGGAGUUCAGCCGCAGCAAGUCGGACAACUCCUCUCACCCGCAGAAGGACGAUGCGGACAACCCCGAAACCAUAAUGUCCUCUGGGAACGUCAACUCUUCUUCCUAAAACUGGAGGCCGCCACCCCUGGGGGGUGCCCUUGCGCCGUCACCCACCACCCAGUGUUUGGAAAAACAGCC